AUGGAGCAUCAAACACUUCACCUUUAUCCAAUAUACAUGGAACCAUAUCAAGAAUAUGCUCUUACAUUCGGCUUUGAAGCAUACCAAGCAUUAGAACCAAAAAGAAAUCUCACCAUCAACAUAACCCGUAUUAAUACAAAUCAAACCAACAUAUCAAUCAACCUCAAAUUCUCAACCAAUGAUUCUCAUUAUCUUACAGAUUUCACCAUUGGGGUAAUGGAAUCUAUGCUCAUAUACCAUGACAUGAGCAUACACUCUGCUGAAAGAAUCGCAGAAUCAGCAUCCACAUUUGCUCAUACGGAGCUUGAACAUCUCACCAAUUAUGAAGAGAGGAGUGUACACAUCAUAUUAUAUCUGACGGAAUACAAUCCACAUUCAAUCCACAGAAUUGACAUCGACAUUGCUACAACAAACCUCCAUUCUGAUAAGAGAAUACCCUCACUCAUGGAAGAAAAUGAAAUCUGCAAAAUAUGCAUGGGGAAAAUUGUAAGUGAUGAUUCUAUAAAUGAACUGCAAUACUACCAUAUAUAUCAUCACCAAUGCAUUGUUGACUGGAUCCGAAUGAACAUCAGAUGUCCAACAUGCAGGGCCACAAUAUCGUAA